ACGGCGCUUCCGCAAAGAUGGCGGCGGCUGCGGGCGGUGGCGCUCGCCUGGCGGUCUGGGGCGGACGACUGCGGCGCGGGCUCGCCGCCGGCCGACGGGCCGUGCCGAGCCCUGGCCCCUUGGCGGCGGCAGUGGCCGGCGCCGCCCUGGCAGGAGCAGCAGCUGCCUGGCACCACAGCCGCGUGAAAGUCGCGGCGCGCGAGGGCAGCCUCGGCGUCCUAGCUCAGAAAAAUGCUGACCCUGGAAUAAUAGAAAAAUUGUCUCUUCGUAAACAGCGUUUCAUGCAGUUUUCUUCCCUGGAACACGAAGGAGAGUAUUAUAUGACACCACGAGACUUCCUCUUUUCAGUAAUGUUCGAGCAAGUGAAACGUAAAACUUCAGUCAAGAAGCUAACAAAAAAGGAUAUCGAAGAUGCACUUGGAGGAAUCCAAACAUCUGGUUGUGGAUCAACUUUUUUUAGAGACCUUGGUGAUAAAGGGCUAAUUUCAUAUACCGAGUAUCUUUUCUUGCUUACAAUCCUCACUAAGCCCCAUUCUGGGUUUCAUGUUGCUUUUAAAAUGCUGGAUGCAGAUGGUAAUGAGAUGAUUGAAAAAAAGGAAUUUUUUAAGCUGCAGAAAAUCAUAAGUAAACAAGAAGACUUGCUGACAGUGAAAACCAAUGAAACAGAAUAUCAGGAACCAACAGCAAAAGAACCUGAAAUUAAGACCACCCUUCAGAUACAUUUCUUUGGAAAAAGAGGAGAAAGAAAACUUCAUUAUAAACAAUUUCGAAGAUUUAUGGAAAAUUUACAAACAGAGAUUCAAGAAAUGGAAUUCCUCCAGUUUUCUAAAGGUUUGAGUUUCAUGAGAAAAGAAGACUUUGCAGAGUGGCUACUUUUUUUCACUAACACUGAUAAUAAAGACAUUUAUUGGAAAAAUGUGAGAGAGAAGUUGUCAGCAGGAGAGAGCAUUAGUUUGGAUGAGUUCAAGUCAUUUUGCCAUUUUACAACCCACUUGGAAGACUUUGCUAUUGCCAUGCAAAUGUUUAAUUUAGCUCAUCGCCCCGUCAGACUGGCGGAGUUUAAGAGAGCCGUGAAAGUAGCAACAGGGCAGGAGCUCUCAAACAAUAUUUUGGACACUGUCUUCAAGAUCUUUGAUUUGGAUGGCGAUGAGUGUCUAAGUCACGCAGAGUUUCUUGGGGUGUUAAAAAACAGGAUGCAUCGAGGUUUAUGGGUACCACAGAAUCCAACUGUACAAGACUACUGGAAAUGUGUGAAGAAAGAAAGCAUUAAAGGAGUAAAAGAAGUCUGGAAACAAGCUGGAAAAGGUCUUUUUUGAUAAAAGAUAAUAUGGCAAUUAUAUUGCUCCAAAUGUCAGAAUUUGUGAUUUUUUUUUUUUUUAAAUUAUCAGCUGUUUAUCUUCUUAAGUCUUCGGUGAGAUCCUUUGUAAUGUAAACAUAUCUUGUACUUGCUUGCUUUUUUUCCCCCUCCUAUGGUCUUGUCCGAAGCCUUCUAUUUGCUUUCUGAUUUAAUAACUUGAUUAAAGAACUUAGCAAAAAGAAAAGAAGGUAUUCUUUUACCCAAACAGAUAAUUAGAUUCUGCCAGAAGACCUAGAUUUGAAGUAAUGUUUUAUACUUUGGUAAGAUGGAAAGCCUAGUUAUUCACUGAUUUCUUAGACACAAUAGCAUGAUGUGCUUUCUGAAAGGAUAAAUAAGUACUUAUGGGGGAAAAGUGCUUGAUACACAAGGCCAGUAUCAAUUCCAGAAGUCCUGCUGAUCCUAAUAGGGUAAAUGAAAUUAAAAACUUAAUUCAGAUUUUU